AUGACUAAGAAGGAUGAGAGAGCAGUGCCUCAAACAUUUCCACCCAAGCUAAAGGACCCAAGUAAGUUUUCUAUAUCUUGUAAUAUUGGUGGAGUAAAGAUCCCACAUGCUUUAUGUGAUUUAGGAUCUAGUAUAAAUGUUAUGCCGUUGAAUAAAGUUAAAGAAUUUAACUUAGAAGAGAUCAUACCGAGUAAUAUGAUUGUUACUUUAGCUAAUUCAGUUGUUACUCAUAUGCUUGGUAUCUUACAAGAUGUGUUAGUACAUGUCGAUGGUUUAGUGUUUCCUGCAAAUUUUGUGGUACUUGAUAGAAAGGAGAUUCAGGAGUGUCGGUUAUUCUCGGAUUCCAAUUCUUGGCAACCGAAAAGGCUUCAAUAG